AUGCCUCGAUUAGCUUAUCUAUUAAAUCGUAUUGAAUCUCGUGCAUGUCGUCUAAAUGGUAUUCAACCAUCAAGAUCCUUACCACGUAAACCAGAAUUACGACAAUCAUUUGCUGAUCAUGUUAUGUAUAGUAGUGAUCAGUUACCACCAAAAGUUGAUCUUAGAGCCAAUAUGACUUCUGUUGAAGAUCAAUCAAAAAUUGGUAGUUGUGUAGCUAAUAGUCUUGCUGGUGCUUAUGAAUAUUUAGCAAAGAAAGGUAAUGGUUAUGAUAUUGAUGUCAGUCGUCUUUUCAUCUAUUAUAAUGCUCGUGCAUCUAAAAAUCAAUCUGGUGAAUUGACAGAUUCCGGUUGUUCUAUGACAGAUGGUAUUGAAACGUUGCAAGAAUAUGGUGUUUGUCUCGAAUCAAUGUGGCCAUACAAUAUUCAAAAUGUUAAUGUAACUCCUGAUCAACAAACCUAUCAAGCAGCUGAUGAUUUUAAAAUUACCGAAGCGUUUCAAGUAGAUCUAGAUUUGAAUCAAAUGAAAUCUUGUUUAGCACAAGGUUUUCCAUUUACUUUUGGUCUAAAAUUAUUUACUUCAUUUGAUAAAGCAGCAAAAUCAGGUGUUGUACCAAUACCUGAUCCAGAUGAACAAAGUCGAGAAUCACAUGGCAGUCAUGCUCUUCUAGCUGUUGGUUAUAGUGAUCAGUCAUAUUCUUUUAUCGUCCGAAACUCUUGGGGAAAAUAUUGGGGAGAUAACGGCUAUUGUUAUAUACCUUACGAUUAUAUGACAGAUCCAAAUCUUUGUUUCGAUAUGUGGACUGUUCGUCAAUUAGCAAGUGAUGAUUUUGGUCAAGAUCAUUGGGAUAAUGAUGAUUCAGUUGAUUAUCACUAUGAAGAACAAGAUCCUGAUGGUAAUGAAGAACCUAAUCGGGGUAUCGAACAUUUUGAUAAUGAAAAUGAUGUUUUCAACGAUAUGGCAAAUUUUGCUGGGAAAGUUAUCGGAUCGUUUAUUUCACUAGCACUUUGA